GCCGGAAGCUGAGUGUGGGAGAAGCUGGUCUGUGCACUGAGGUCAGCUGGAGUCCCCUGACCUUCUGUGUGAAGAUGUGGCUCACAAGACUGAUGCCUCACUUGAGUAGAGCCACAAGGCUAGCAGGAUAUAUAACGCCACGGUGCCUUGGUACAAGCCAGAAGAGCUUUUUUGCUUGUUAUAGCACACGGCAGCCCCAGAAACAGCGUUUUUCCCUUCCUGUCUGGUACAGCCAUGAACCUGAGCUGGAUGAAGUUCUGGUUCCUCGAAUGCUGUCAAUCACUCCUCUGGAGAGCUUGCUUUCCUCCCGAUACUCGUUGCCCAAACCUGAGGCCUCCAAUAAUCAGGAGGAGCCUGAAGACCAAUUAAAGAUCUACGAUUGCCCUACUUCACAAGACACUGACCACACGGGUGAGGAAAGCGGACACAAGCAUAUAGUUCAAUGCAUAAACAUCCUUAAGAUCCGAAGUAGGAAGAUGAACAAACAUAAAUACAAGAAGCUGCAGAAGCGUGUGAAGUAUUUGCGACGGGAGGUCCUUCAUAAGCGUUCUGUAAAGAAACAGAAAAGGUUUGAAAAAGAUAUGGUGCGUAUCUGGAAGAAGGCGGGCCUGAGAAAAGAACCUAACGGCUGGAUAACACCGAAUAUCUUUGUAAAGCAUUACUGA